AUGCGUUGUGAGGACAGCGUGGGAAAUGUGCAUGCGGAUUGGGAAACACAAAAACUUAUCAAGGAUGUAGAUGAUAUUAAAAAUACCAUCGAAAAUAUGCAGUUGAGAAAAAAUGCGAAAGAUUUGCCAAUGUUUGAUAUUCGUGUUGAUACAUUACCUUAUAAGUGCCGCACCCAUGGUGCCUAUUCCAGCUGUGCUGAAAUAACGGCCUGCACCGAACGCAGUGGCUACUAUUAUGUGCGCAUCCCGCAGUUCAGUAACGAAAGUUUUCUCGUCGAAUGUGAUGCCCAUACCGAAGGCGGUGACUGGACGGUUAUACAAAGACGUGAGGAUGGUUCGGGUGAUUUCUAUCGGACAUGGAACGAAUAUAAAGUGGGUUUUGGCCAGCUGGAUGGAGAAUUUUUCAUUGGCAUGGAUAAGCUGUUUGCCUUGACAAAUUAUCAAGGACCUCAGGAGCUGUUGAUACUUAUGGUAAAUGGUACCAACGAAGCUAAGGGUUAUGCCAAAUACGAUAGCUUCAAAAUUGCCAAUGAAGUGGAGAAGUACAAACUAUUACAGACGGGGCAGUAUACGGGUACGGCGGGUGAUUCGCUGAAAUCA